AUGAUACGUGGUUACCUUCUAUUAUUAUCUUUUUUACUAUCCUUUGUGUGGUCACUACCGUUAAUUAAAGUCAAUGAACAGGAGACGUUUAAACCAACAACACCCAUAUUUUGUUCUAAAAAUUUAAAUUGCCCCGAAGAAUGGCCUUGUUGUUCACCAUAUGGAGAGUGUGGUUCUGGCCCUACUUGUGUUGGCGGUUGUGAUCCACGUUAUUCAUAUGAGGAUGAUAGUUGUAUCCCUUUACCGGUAUUAAUGUAUCCUUUCAAUGUUGUGUUUCAUCAUGAUUUUGUAUCUAAUAAAUUUAAAUUUGGAUCUCAAAAUAAUGCUAGAUAUCCAACAGAAAAUGAAAAUGUUAAUCAAAUGACACCAAACGAUAAUUCUUUAAAAAAUACACCUUUAGAGGCAGCGAUGCAUCAAAAGAGAUUUAUUCAUCAUUCAAAAUUUUUAAUUACAAAGAGUGAUCGAAAAGCUGAAGAAAUGUUAUAUAAUUAUAAUUUUGUCUAUAGUGGUAACACUAAUAUUGAUGAUGAUACUGGUGAGAUUCUGUUAACUAUGCCAAAACAUAGCACAGGUUCAUUAAUUGCAUCAACUCAAGAAUUCUUAUAUGGUAAAGCAACAGUUUCAUUAAAGACUGCUAGAUCACAAGGUGUCGUGACUGCAAUUGUUUUAAUGUCUCAAGUUGGUGAUGAAAUUGAUUUUGAAUUCUUAGGUAGUCAAAGGUUUGAUGCUCAAACAAAUUGGUAUUAUCAAACUGAAUUAGAUUAUACUAGAAUGCAAAAACAACCAAUAUAUACUGAUUCAUAUGAAAAUUAUCAUACUUAUGGAUUUGAUUGGAAUGAAGAAAGAAUCAUUUGGUUAAUCGACGGUAGACCUGUUAGAACUUUAUUCAAGAGAGACACAUGGGAUCCUGUUACUCAUAAUUAUAAAUAUCCACAAACACCUGCUAGAUUAGAGAUUGCAAUUUGGCCAGGUGGAGAUGCAGAUAAUCAUCCCGGUACAAUAGAAUGGGCAGGUGGACCUAUUGAUUGGGAAAAUUCUCCUGAUAUUCUACAAUAUGGUCAAUUUUAUGCUAGAGUGAAAGAAAUACAUAUUGAACCUAAACAAAAUGAACAUUUUAAUGAAAUUUAUAAAUGUAUUACAAGGAAGUCAUAUCAACGUAAUUUUGAUAUUACUGAACUAUUGAGAACAACUUGUAGUUAUGAUCAUUAUGUGGAACCAAAAUUUAGUGAAAGAUCAUUACAAUGGCAUUGUGACUAUACUCCAAGAGUUAAAUCAUUAAGGGAUUCGGGCUCUACAACACAGAGUAGAAGAUCAAGAUUUUUCAAGAAAAGGUAUCCUUCAUCUCUUCCUCUGAAGAAAUCACAAAUACAAGCUUUUACUAAUGAUUCAGAAACUGGAAACAGUAACAAAAACAUUACUAGAUUAGAGGCAAUACUUUAUGAUAGGAAAAGAUUACUAGAUUUUUCAAAGAUUGGAUUAGUAAAUGACAAGAAUAACAGUAACGAUAAACUAAACUUCACAAAAUCACAAAUUCUUCAAAAGAUAUUACAGAAACGUGAUGGAACAGAUAUAACAAAUAGUGCAAGUCAAUUGUAA